UUAAUGGUGAGUCAUCAGUCUCUGCACCAGAAGCUGGCAGUUCUUCUGUUUCUGAGGCACCGAUAGGUUCAGUCGAAACUCCCAUGUCUUCAGAUUGCACUAACACCACAGCAGAACCUCAGUCCGCACCUGAAGCAACUAGUUGUUUGGAAAGCCACUCAUCUGCGUUACCUGUUGUGUCUGCUGGACCAGAACCUACAGCUGCAACAGACUGUGUUCAGCCUAAUGUGAGGAACAGUGUAGCAGCAGAUGCAGCAAAACCAAGGGAAUCCUCCUCCACCUCAAGUGCAUCUGCAGAACCUGUAAGACAGCAGCCUGGUAAUGCCAGUACAGAACCUUUGCCACCAGGGUGGGAGCAAAGAAAGGAUCCUCAUGGUAGAACCUAUUAUGUUGAUCACAACACACGAACUACAACAUGGGAGAGACCACAGCCCUUACCUCCUGGCUGGGAAAGACGAGUUGAUGAUCGUGGGAGAGUUUACUAUGUGGACCACAACACCAGAACCACGACGUGGCAGCGACCAACAAUGGAAUCAGUCAGGAACUUUGAGCAAUGGCAGUCUCAGCGAAAUCAACUUCAGGGAGCUAUGCAGCAAUUUAACCAACGAUACCUCUAUUCGGCUUCAAUGUUGUCAGCAGAAAAUGAUCCACUGGGGCCUUUACCACCAGGUUGGGAAAGGAGAGUGGAUUCAAAUGAUAGGGUGUAUUUUGUAAAUCAUAACACAAAGACAACACAGUGGGAAGACCCUCGAACUCAAGGUUUACAAAAUGAAGACCCUCUUCCAGAGGGCUGGGAAAUCAGAUAUACCAGAGAAGGUGUCAGAUACUUUGUUGACCAUAACACAAGAACCACCACCUUCAAUGAUCCUCGCACUGGGAAAUCUUCUGUAAAUAAAGGGCCACAGAUUGCAUAUGAGCGUAGCUUUAGGUGGAAACUUGCUCAUUUCCGUUACUUAUGUCAGUCCAAUGCACUGCCAAGUCAUGUGAAAAUCAAUGUAUCCAGACAGACUUUGUUUGAGGAUUCCUUCCAGCAAAUUAUGGCAUUAAAACCCUACGAUUUGAGGAGAAGAUUAUAUGUUAUAUUCAGAGGAGAAGAAGGAUUGGAUUAUGGUGGCUUGGCAAGAGAAUGGUUUUUCUUGCUUUCCCAUGAAGUACUGAACCCUAUGUACUGCCUAUUUGAAUAUGCUGGCAAGAGCAACUAUUGCCUGCAGAUAAAUCCAGCAUCAACAAUCAAUCCUGACCAUCUUUCAUAUUUCUGUUUCAUUGGGCGCUUUAUUGCCAUGGCAUUGUUUCAUGGGAAAUUUAUUGACACUGGGUUUUCUUUGCCUUUCUACAAACGAAUGCUGAGCAAAAAACUUACUAUUAAGGACCUAGAAUCUAUUGAUACUGAAUUUUACAACUCCCUAAUUUGGAUAAGGGAUAAUAACAUCGAAGAGUGUAAUUUGGAAAUGUACUUCUGUGUGGAUAUGGAGCUCUUAGGAAAAGUAACCUCACAUGAGCUGAAAUCAGGAGGUUCAAAUAUCUUGGUAACAGAGGAGAACAAAGAAGAAUAUAUUGGGCUAAUGGCUGAGUGGCGAUUUUCUCGGGGAGUUAGAGAACAAACCAAAGCUUUUCUUGAUGGUUUUAAUGAAGUUGUUCCUCUACAGUGGCUACACUAUUUUGAUGAAAAGGAGCUGGAGGUUAUGCUCUGUGGUAUGCAAGAAGUUGAUUUAGCAGACUGGCAGAGGAACACUGUUUAUCGUCAUUACACAAGGAAUAGCAAGCAGAUCAUAUGGUUCUGGCAGUUUGUCAAAGAAACAGACAAUGAGGUUCGCAUGCGACUUCUGCAGUUUGUCACUGGCACUUGCAGAUUGCCACUGGGUGGAUUUGCUGAACUUAUGGGAAGCAAUGGCCCUCAGAAAUUCUGCAUUGAAAAAGUUGGGAAGGAAACCUGGUUACCAAGAAGUCACACUUGUUUUAAUCGUUUGGAUUUGCCACCGUAUAAAAGCUAUGAACAACUAAAAGAGAAGCUGCUCUUUGCCAUUGAAGAAACAGAGGGAUUUGGUCAAGAGUAAAAGUGGUUUCUAGUCCAAAAGGAGAUAUUGCAUAAUAAAAGGCCCAGCCAACUAAAAUUGCACACAUAAUUGUAUAUAAGCUUUUUUGUUCUGUACAGUAAUCUUUCUGGAACUCUAAAAGUAUAAUUGUUCUCCGUUCUUCCACAAAGAUAUGCAAAACAGUUCAGCCUUUUCUACUUUUAUUUAUUGCCCUUCCAAAAGACCAGAAAAACCCCUCAUAAAUUUUGAAAGCAGACAAGAGACUUAUUUAAAAUAUAUAUAAAAAAUAUAAAUAUAUAUACUAAUGGGCUCUAGUUUUAUAGAGCUUUAAAUGUAUGAAAAGUUGCAGCCAUUUUAAAGGGCCUGGAUUUGCUUUAUCUUGGCUUUACUCUUCAGAAAAAUGUUUAAACUGCUCUGUGUUCUCUCUUAAGAAACAUCUCCAAGUUUGUUUUAUUGCAUGGCUGUUCUAAAAGGUGUUAAAGGCUUAGGCCAAACGUAUCUUAAAUAUAUAGAAAGAUGCUGCUGGUAUUUGAGACGACAGAAUAUGUGUUCUGUCAGUUUAAUUUUUUUAAAAUCCAUAAAUAGCUGAUAUAUCCCUCUACUGAUGUAGCCAAGGUCAUGAAUAAAGCCUUUACUACUUGAACAAGAGUCAUGUACAAUAAGAUGAAUGUGAUUUAAUGUUGAAAGGAAUUGGUGCCACUGUUCUGACUUACUGUAGGAGCUGAACAGAAUAUUUUAAUUCAUUUGAGCAGCAUUGAAAUUUGUUUACAUAUUACCUUGGGUUAUUACCACGAGGAUGUUAGGUAAUCUUCAAAGAAAAAAUAAUAAUAAAAGAGAAAAUA